AAGCUUUUCAUCACUGAACGCACAAAAUAUUCCAUCCAUCCAAAAAAUUCCCAUCAUUCUACUUCUUCUUCGCCUAUUUCUUCCCACCGCAAUUCGUGUGGUGGAAAAGAAGAAAAAGAAGUUUCUUCACUCGUUCCGCUCGUCGACUUAUUGCCGUUUAUUUUCAUAUUUCCAUUAUUAAAAAUUACAAUAUUCCGAUUAACAAUCAUCAAUAUAAACUAAAAGCGUUUUCAAACAAACUCCAUAGUUCAGUAAUGUUUUAACAUUUCAAUUGUAAAAUAUUAAAAAUGGCCGCGGUAAAUGAUUGUUUUACAAUUGGAUCGACAGUUCUCUGUACGACAUGCUUCAACCAAGAAGUCGAAGGCGAAGUCCUAGCAUUCGAUCAUACUACAAAAAUGCUAAUAUUAAAAAGCCAUUCUAAGACAUCAGAGAAACUGAACGAUGUUUUCGUUCUUAAUUUAUCACUGUGCAGUAACGUGCAAGUAAUAAAAGAAUGUAAUGGAAAUUUUGUCGAAGAGCCCCAGAAGUUGAAUUUAGAACAGCUGAAAAUUCGCCUGCGCCAAACAGUGCAAAAUCGACAAACGUGGAUUAAGUCAAAAAAUUCUGAAGUAAGCCCUGAAGCUCAGGAGCUUUAUCGAGUUCUUGCGAAGAAUUUUAAGAACCACGACGUCACUUGGCAGGGCGUUAAUAUACAAAUAUUCAACGAGGUUACAGUUACGCCACCGUAUAGAUCAAAAAAUGUGGUUGGAAAUACACAAAAUCGUGUCUUAUGCAAUUAUAUUAAAAGAAUGAUCGAUCAAUUCUUUAAGACGCAAGCGUUGCAAGAAAAUAACGCCGCGGGCACAUCUUCUUCUUCACCACUAUCCGCAACCGCUUCAUCAUCGUCGUCUUCAUCUUCGUCAUCAGCGCCAUCAACUUCAGUAGGAACAUCUUCGAAUAAUGCUGCAACCCCAUCGCCUGUUCCUGCAAACACAUAGAACAAAAGAAAACAAAAAUAAAAUAAUUAAAAACCUUAAAAAAAAAUCUAAAACAUAAAAGGAGAAAAAAUUAUGUUCAACAGAAAAACGCCCGGUUUAUUUUAAUUUAUAGUAAAAGACAUCUUUCCUUCUUGAAAAGGGGGUCCUCGACUUCCCAAGGAAAAUAUACCUAUAUUUUUUUUUAUUGUAGACAUUCAUUUACAAUUUCAGUAUCCAACUUGAAUACGUGUCUACGUUGAAUGUUCAAAAUUGUCCGGUUUAAGAAUAAGGUCCUCAAAAGAACGAAGGCAUGUAGUCAACUGUACACUGUUUUUGAAGAAGUAUUUGCGUUUUUUUUUUAUACUUUAUUGUUGUUUACUUUCAAAAUCAAAAUUCCUCCAUUAGUUUCUUGUUUAAAAUUUAUAGUUAAUUACCGAAUGGGAUUAUCGGUUAGCAAAACAAAAAAAAAAGGAUUCCGAAAUAAAUUAUUUUUUAGCUUUAA